AUGCCAUUUCUAAUCCGCCCGCCCCAGCACACAACCGACCCUAAUAACCCCAUCCACGCACACAUAGUCAUCGAGCCCGACUCCAACGAGCGCACCAUCCUGCACGACCUACAAGCCUGGGGCUGGCGCAUCACGCGGCACGAUUUCAACGACGCGGAGUUUGUGUAUACGCUGGGUGCUAUGGAGAGGGAUGUUAAGCGGAGACGCAGACAGACGCAUGCGAUUGCGGGCGAGUUGCACGGGUAUCGCGAGAGAUUGACGCUGGAGGGGGUUUGGGAGAUGGAGGCGGAGAGGGUGGCUGAAAGCGAUCGAUCGCACGCGCCAAAUCAACGGAUUCUCAGAAGACACCGAUCCCAAACGAGAAUUUCCGAGGUUGAUAAAACAUGCCCUCGAUCGCCUUUGUACAGACCGCCCGCACUGAACCAGCUUGUGUACAGUACCAAACCGAUCCCCACCACCACCACCACACUACGCAUUCUAAACCUCUCCCCCAAAUCCCCCACACCAACACAAAAAAAACACCUCCCCCGUUCCCCCAUCUGGCCCCUCUUUCCCCCAAAAUUCUUCAAACACCUCAGCAAGCACGGUUCCUCCACCCCUACCCGCCCCGUCCCGCGCACACAAUCCGUCCCCUCUGCCCCCCAUCAACCCCUACAUCCGCACCCACCUGACCCACCCCGGCCCCCCGCGCUCUUGAAUACAAUUACAGUGCUUGGUGCUCAUGUGGAUCCGAACGGAUGCUCGGCGUGGGAUUGA